UCUUUUUUUUUCCAAAGAAACCCCAACGAGACUGCCUGCUACGGCGAGAGUAACAACGAUCAGAUCGGAGAGAUGGCAGCCAUAACAACCGCGGUGGUGGCGAUAGCGGCGGUCAUCCUGGGCUGGAUCACCAUCGAGAUCGCCUGCAAGCCCUGCCUCGAGCAAGGCCGCAACGCCAUCGACCGAGCCCUCGACCCCAACUACGACCCCGACUCGGCCCAUAACCCCUCUCCUGCCGCCGCCAACGAGCCCCUUCUCCGCGACGACCAACCCGCCCCCUCUGCUCCGCCGGCCCCCAAGAUCGCCUGACCAGAGUGGGAAUUUGCGAUCUGUAGUGUUUUAUCGGAAACAAAAAUGCGAUUUUGGUGGUUCGACAAGUGCGGUGCAAUAGUUAGGGCAGAGUCGUACCGAUCAGUGAAGAAUGCACGAUGCUGCCAGCCGCCAUCUUCUUGAUCGCCAACACCUUCCACCUCGAUAGGGCUUUUCUUCUUCCAUACCCUCCAUCUCUUGUGGCAUGUCAUCUUCUCCGUUGUAAACUCGCACAAAUUCAACCACCAGAUUCACGGCUUGGCGCAGUUUUAUCGAGAGUGCUGUUGCUGCUUCCCCCUGUAUAUGUUUCGUAGACCUUCCUGUAACUUCCUUCGCCUGAUGGAAGACAACAAUAAGAUCCUGAACAACAAUUCAGACUUGCAGGUGUUGUGUUCGAUACAUGCUCUAAACCGUAGGAAUAAGAUAGAAAUGUCACGGCAACAAAGGAAGAGUAUACGUCAAUGCACA